AAGCCCAGGCACUCACCAGGCGGUAGGACCAGCACUGGGGUAAGCACCCCCUCGGGGUCCAUGUGCCCACCCCAGGCACAGACAGAGGUGGGCCCCACCAUGACCGAGAAGGCAGAGAUGGUGUGUGCCCCCAGCCCAGCGCCCACCCCACCCCCUGAGUCAGCCUCGCCUGGGCCACUGAAGGUGGAAGAGGUGGGCCACCCCCUAGGUUCCUCACCCCACAGGCUACCCCCGGGGGUGCCAGUGAUCAGCCUGGGCCACACCAGGCUCCCAGGGGCAGGCGUGCCCACCACGGAGCUGACUGCCCUUCGGCCCCCUCUGCUGCAACUCUCUGCCCUGGGAACUGCCCCACCCCCCCUGGCCCUGCAUUACCACUCUCACCCCUUCCUCAACAGCCUCUACAUUGGGCCAGCAGGACCUUUCAGCAUCUUCCCCAGCAGUCGGCUGAAACGGAGACCAAGUCACUGUGAGCUGGACCUGGCUGAGGGUCACCAGCCCCAGAAGGUGGCUCGGCGCGUGUUCACCAACAGCCGCGAGCGCUGGCGGCAGCAGAACGUGAACGGCGCCUUCGCUGAGCUCAGGAAGCUGCUGCCGACGCACCCGCCCGACCGGAAGCUGAGCAAGAACGAGGUGCUCCGCCUGGCCAUGAAGUACAUCGGCUUCCUGGUGCGGCUGCUGCGGGACCAGGCGGCCGCUCUAGCCUCAGGCCCCGCCCCGCCCGGGCCCCGCCGACGGCCGGCGCAUCGCGACGGGGAUGACACCCGCCGGGGGCCAGGACGCAGGGCCGAGUUGGUGGCGCGCCCGCAGCCAGCGCCCCCCGCCGGCCCCGACGCCUGCCCUGUGGGGCCGGCGCGGCCCAUCAAGACAGAGCGGGGGCUGCCGGAGCCGGCGGCCGUCGGCCCAGAGGUGCGGUGA